AUGGUGGAGUAUGAUGAACAUGCUCAGGCAUUGAAGAAAAUCAAUCCCGCUGCGUAUCAUGACUUGGUUCUAACAGAGCCAAAGCAUUGGAGCAGGGCUUUCUUCACUACCGAGGUUAAAUGUGAUAUAGUUGAUAACAGCUUGUGUGAGGCAUUCAAAGGAAGAAUCAUAGAAGCCAAGUGUAAGUCUAUUUACAGUAUGUUGGAAGAUAUGAAGAUAAUGACAAUGACAAGAAUGCAUACACAAAGGGAUGCUUGUGCUCGAUGGAGAAGGGACUGUGGUCCAAGAAUCAUAAAAAAGUUGGAAGAAAAUAGAGUUGGUGCGAUUUACUAUUGCAUAAUAUGGAAUGGUGAUGCUGGAUAUGAGGUGAUGGAUAAGGGUGUUAAGUACGUGGUUGAUGUGUUCAAGAGAGAUUGUACUUGCGGGAGGUGGCAACUUACUGGCAUCCCUUGUAUCCAUGCCAUUUCAGCUAUAAAUUAUAGGCAAGAUGAUGCAUAUGAUUAUGUAGAUGAGUGUUACAAGAAUACAAAGUUCUUAGCUGCAUAUCAAAAUAUGAUGAUGCUAGUUCGAGGAGAGAAAUUUUGGAAAAAAACUUACAAGGAGGCACCCGAUCCUCUUCCGGCCAGGGUGAAGCCUGGUAGGCGCAAACAAAAAAGAAGAAGGGAGGAAGGUGAGGUCACACGUGGUAUUAGGACGUCGAGGAGAGGAAUGAAGAUGACUUGUCAAAGUUGCUCGAAGAUAGGGCACAACAGUUUGACAUGUCCAACUAAGAAGGCUAGGACUGUGGCAUCACAAACACAAUUAUCUAGGAAAAAAAUUUCGGUUAAUCAACGUACUAGCGAAGGUGCAAGUGGAAGUGUUGGUGAGACACCAAUUGCUAGUGCUGCUCUUGGGACCCCAAUAUCUCAUGGAAGUUUGGUGUGA